AUGGCAGAUAUCGGAUUGGCGUCGCGAUUGCGAUAUUUAAAUGAAUCUGCGCAUUUACUAGCGACAUCGGCACCUUCCACCUCCAAAUAUAUGAUGUCGCAAUGCAACUUCCUGAUUCUUGACCACGAAAUUGAACAAACAGACUUUCAAAAACAAAAAGCAUGCGGUGCAUGCGGGGCUAUUAGGAUAUUGGGCAGGGAAGGGAAGCUAGAAUUCAACAAAUCACAAAGCUCCAACAAGAAACGAAACCGAAAGAAGGAAUCUGGAGCCUCUAGUGAGGGAAGGGCUGUGAUUUACACAUGUGGUUCUUGUAAUAAGAAAACAAGACACCCUUUGAAUGCUGCACCAGCGGUAUCUCGGCCCAAGAAGGGAGCUGUUCAACAUGGAGCUGUGUCCAAGAAUCUACCGGCCCAGGCUUUAACGGCUAUGAAUACUAUCGCUACACCAUCUACAAAUGCAGGUAGCAAGAAGAGAGCCAAAAAUCGGAAGCUUGGUGGACUGGGGGCACUACUAGCCAAGCAGAAAGCGUCGGAAGCUAGCUCGUCAGGAUUUGGUCUCGAUUUAAUGGAUUUAAUGAAGAAGGCAUGA